UUUCAGUUUGUUCACGAGAAUUCACCACAAUGUCAGCACCCGGCGGUGGUCGCAAAAAAGCUCUUCUUAAAGUAAUUAUACUAGGUGAUUCGGGUGUUGGCAAGACAUCACUAAUGAACCAAUAUGUAAACAAGAAAUUCAGUAAUCAGUAUAAAGCAACGAUUGGUGCUGAUUUCCUGACAAAAGAUAUAUCAGUUGGUGAUCGAACUGUUACUAUGCAGAUUUGGGACACAGCUGGACAAGAACGUUUUCAAUCGUUGGGUGUUGCUUUUUACAGAGGAGCGGAUUGUUGUGUGCUUACUUAUGAUAUCACUAAUGCCAGUUCUUUUAGAAGCCUUGAAUCAUGGAGAGACGAAUUUUUAAUUCAAGCAAGUCCACGCGAUCCAGAACAUUUUCCAUUCGUAUUAUUGGGUAAUAAAAUUGAUCUAGAAGCGAAACGUGCCGUUAGUGCCAAAAGAGCCCAAGCAUGGUGCCAGACAAAAAACAAUAUCAAAUAUUAUGAGGUAUCGGCUAAGGAAGCUGUGAACGUAGAGCAAGCAUUUAUUGAAAUUGCUCGUGAUGCUUUAAAGCGCGAAGCGCAAGAUGUGCAGGAUUUUCCAGAAUUUCCGGAUCAGAUUCGUUUGGAUCACCGGGAAACAACACAACCAACUAGUGGUUGUAAUUGCUGAUGGUUUUGAAUGAGCGGAGUUUGCAUUUAGACUUAAAUAUAAGGCAAAGUUUUUUUUUCUUUCGUUUAAAGCAUAUUUGCUUACAUCAAAUACAAAUCUCGCCAUUUGCGUAAUUGUUUCCCUAGUUUCCAGUUUACCUUCCACAACUUCAUAGUUUUUCCACCAAAUUGUCCUAAUUCCUAAUUACGUGACUGUAAAUGAAUCGUUUUUCAAAUUGCAGGAUGAAGC